AUGAUAGAUAUGGAAAUUAUUCAUGCUUUUUAAUGUUUGAUCUCAUUUCAGCAAUAAGAACAUCAUUAACACAAAGCGCAUCUACAAUUUACUGACAAUAAAAUAAAUCUACUUUUGAAUACUCAGUGUUUUGAAAUAGAAAUAUCCUAUAAAUUAAAAUUAAAAUGGAAAUGCCAAGAUAGCAAAUUAACUUCAAUUCAUUUUCAGUAAUUCACAAUUUAAGCUGACAAUGAAGAUCUCCUUAAACUCAAGAAGCAUUUAGAUUGUUCAGCCACAUAUGUCGGAAUUAGAGAAAUUUAUGAUAAUGUUAUAUUAAUUUAAUAAACAGACUUUGCUAAAGUAAUAAGUGAAUUUCAUUUUUAGAUAUGCUCGCUUAAAAACAAAUUGGAUGGGAAAAAGUACUUUUGUAAGUGUUAUAAAAAAGCAGAAGUUGAGAAAUAUAAAAUAUAUGAGCAAUUGGUUAUUCAGCGUAAAUUAGGUGAUUUCAAGAAUGUUGCUCAAAUAAUUGAUUUCUAUGAAUCAUCUAAUUCCUAUUAUUUUAUAUAUGAAUAGAUGAAGAGGAUUCAUUAUCAUAGUCUGAGUCAUGAAGAUAUAUAAUCGAUGAUGUUUGUAUAUUCAAUUUUAUAUUAGGAUAUUUUAUGUUGUGUAAAAAUGUUGAUAGUGAAU